AUGGAAGGCCUAUUCCCAAUCACGAUACCGGCUGGGAGGCGCAAUUCAGGAGAGCGCCCUCGAGGACAGUCCAGAAAUUGGGGUGCAUAUGCCCUAUGGGUGGGCAAUAUACCACAGCACACGACCGUCAUGGGAUUGAGAGACUAUUUCUCCCGGGCCGCCCCACGAGAACUGCUUACCAUCUCCUACAACCCAGACUCCAAAUAUGCCUUUGUCAAUUUCAGCACUGAGUCCGCACGCGUCUCCGCCAUUGGCAGGGCUGCAUCGCAACUAUUCGACGGGAAAAGACUGGAUUGUCGAGUACGACAGGAAACCAAUGCCAGGUCCACGAAGGUCAGCUAUGGGCUUGGCCAUUCCGCCAAGACGAGACUGUCUCCCUCUCCUGAUCGGUCAAAAGACAUGUAUCAUAAGCUCGAGGAGUUGAAUCAACAGCCAGAAGCCGACCGGUCACAAUGGGGAAAGGACAAAUAUUUCAUUAUCAAGAGCUUUUCUAUGCAGGCGCUUUAUCAAAGUCUGAGUACGAAUCUGUGGUAUAUCCCUAAACGUCACGUCGAGCGACUCAAUCAUGCCUAUCAGACAGCACGAGAUGUCUACUUUUUGUUUUCCGUCAAUGGCUCCGGCGAGUUCUUCGGCUAUGCCACGAUGGCAUCGGAGAUCCGGGGAUCUGACGACGCAGCUUCACACUCACCAACCCUGGACUUAAGUGACCCGACCACGGUUGCAUUGACGCCACACGAAAGAGACGUCACACCACAGUCAAGGUCGAGAGCUUUCUCGAGUACAUCAUCAGCAACUUCGCUAGGCUCGAUCCACUACGAACCAGAGAGGCGAAGAAUAAUCUGGGAAGCAAAUCAUCAUUCUUCAGAACUGGGAGACGACCUUUCCCCUCAAGACUGGAGUCCCGUUACACCGUUCGACUCCCCUGGACGCAAGCACGAUAGUCCAAUUGAAUCGAGAAAUAAUGAAUAUUUCUCGCUAUUGCAGCCAACGACAACAAUAGCUCCACUACGGACGCUGUCCAACAGUCGGAACGCGAAUACACCGGGUGCGGAGGUGGAGAAUAUCAGUAGUCCCUGCCAGAUCCGGUGGCUGUCCACGCAGAAUGUGCCAUUUGAUGAACUUCGAGGAUUGAAGAACGCUUGGAAUGAAAACAAGGAGAUCUAUAUAGCGAGGAACGUGACUGCAGUGGACCCCAGCGCUGGGAAGAACUUAAUGAGACACUGGAAGAGCAAGGACGAGGCGAAACGAUUAUUGGCUUCGACUGGUGCGAUUUUGAGAGCCUGGCCCGGGUCGUGACUCAUAUUCUGCUAAGCAACCUUGAUGGACACCAUUGAAAGCAAGGCGCUAGGACGUGGUAAACAUGAUUGUGAUGAGGUAGCAAGCAAAUCUCCCAGAGUACUACGAGUGAACAAGAGACAUGACAUGAAGGGAGAUCUUACGAUGGCUUGUCAUGGCUUCGAACUCACUUUCGUAGAACUGUGAUAUAC